AUCAUUAGAGCGAGAGAUCAUGGAAAAAAUGGCACUUUCUGACCAGCUAGCAGCCUUGCAGGACAAGACAAAAGAGAUCUCAGACAACUCAUUGAGACGUGGAGAUGUUGACAGCGGCCAAAUAGAGCAUUAUGUUAAGGAACUCACCCAGCUAAAACAAUCUAACGACCAGCUCCAAAGCAAAGUACUCUCUCUAGCUGACGCGGAGGUAAUGAUUGACUCGCUAAUGGUUCAGAACGCUGACUUGACAGACGAACUCUCAAAAUGUAAGGUCGCGAUAAAAGAGCUGGAAAGCCUUUUGGAACUUGAUAAAGAUUUGGAGCAAAGCCAUUUAGAGAUCGAAAAUGAAUUGCGGGCUGAAAUAAAGCAGGCACGUGAAAAGUUGGAGCAAGAACAAGCUCACGUCAAAGCUCUUGAGACGAAUGUUGCAAAUCUUAAUCAGCUACUUCAGCAGAAGCAUUCGCAACCAGAAAAGUCGGGUGUUUCAAGCGAGUCGACUGAAAAGCUUCUUUCUCAAUUGAAGCACCACGACUCUCAAAUACUGAAACUAAAACACCAGUUGGAAAUAGAGCAGGUUUUACAUAAAGCAGAACACUUGGCUUUGGAGGAGUAUUCGAAUUUUCUUUCAAGAUCUGAAGGAGGCUCAGAGAAUCUACAGCAGAUGGCCCAGCUUGUGAGAUUUAAAGUUUUGUGCCACCAAUUUGAAGACUACCAUAUUAGUCAACUAGGAGAGGUUGCAAGUAUCGAUGAUUAUUUCCACCAAUCACAAUGUCUUCGAGGAGCCUUUUCAUUAGGCCGUCUUGCCUUACAAGCUGGCUGUAUAAUAAAAACUUGCGAAUAUCACCGAGAGGUGCCUUCUAUUCUUGUGCAACAAGUUUCUGGAUUUUUGGAAAGAUUUGAUAAAAUGCUUGAAGCAGACGAGUAUCACGAAGAUCUCAUAUUUCCAUUUGAAGGUUUUGUUAAGAACAGGGAGGAAGUCACCAAACAAGUUCUUAUGGCCGUUCAUAAACUUGAAUACUCCCUUCUUUUAAGUGGUCUUCUACAGGACGGAUUAUCACUGAACGGUACAAGGUAUGGAUUUAGCAAAGUGAAAGCUGCUAUUGAUGAUUGGAUGGGGCAGCUCGACGGUCAUAUCCAUGCACUCGAAACCCUGGAGAAAAACGGGCAAGGGCUGAUAAAUGGGCCUAACAUUCAAUUUGAAAGUAUAGACGAUCUCUUUGCUGCGCUUUGCGAUCUAGAUGAAAGACUAAGGACUGGGGAGCAGAUUACUGUGUUUGGAGAGCUGAUUAGAAUAUCUCCAGCUAAGCUAUCGCUCCCUGAAUUUGAAAUCGUUGGAAUUCCAGCAUCCACAAGUUGGUUCAGCGCACACAGAGAAAUCCAAAAUGAUACAGCGAUUCCAAAAGAAGCCCAAAUUAUUGAAGAACUUCAAAUGAAGAUCUCUGUUCUUCAAGCAAAGCUGAGCAAGCACCAAACAGAGGAAUUGCAAUUGAUACAGUUAUCCAAGUCUUUUGAAGAAUUACAGUUAGAGAAUCAAAAACUAAAUAAAGAGUACAUGGGAGCACAGGAAAAGUACAAGGUAAUAUUGAAACAGCUUGAUGAAGCAACCAACAAGUUGCAACUCUACGGAGACGAUAAAACUCGAGGAGUCUACGAAGAGUUCAUGCGACUGGAUAAAAUGGAACUCAUAAAUGAAAUUUCAAGUCUAAGGACUCUGGUAACCAAGCUUGAUACUUCCAAGACUAUCCAAAACUGUGACCUAAAGUUUUCCUGUGACCUUUUACCUGACCUUAGUCCAAUUAAGUGGGAUCUUGGUACCAAAAUCGAGAAGUUGGUGAGCACUGAUGAGCUAUCUGCCACCAUUAAGCACUUUCAGAUCCCAAGAAUCACAGAGAAUAACUCAAAUACAUUAAAUGGCUACACCAAAAUGCUCAACAUCUUGAUGGGAUGAAAAUGCGCUCAUUUGCCUGUCUGGACUUUUUUCCGUGGCCAUUUCUUCACCUUGUCUAUCUCACUCUCGGGCCACCACCAGUUUAAAAACUCGAGAAUAAAUAAAUCGACGACCACACACAAUAUGAAUAGUAAGCCAGCCCAUGGCCCACAAUUGUAGUAUUUGAUUAGAACAUCCACAAGCGAGGGAGCCUCUGUUUCAGAAACCAUGUUGUACACCUUUUCUGUUCUCUUGGCGAUAUCGCCCCAAUCGUACAUUUUCUUGAC